AUGCCGCUUUUCCGAGCUGUGGUGCUAAUCAAGGCCGUUCACAUCCCUCCUUUCACUGCAGUUCACAUGAUCACCAGGAAGCCCAUGGCUUGGCACGACAAUAUAGAGGAGCCUGCAGAUGCCAAGUUCCUGAAUCUCAUUCACCACGCAGCACUGGAGCCAACCAAGAAAUACUCAGAGCCACAAACUGAAAGCCAGGAAAUUGGCUGGAACACAACACCUUUGAUUCACGUGGACCGCACUGACUGCAGACUGCACUUCCCACGCCGCAGCACGGAGAUCACGAGAUACAUGGCUGCCUUCUGGCGCCUGAAGGAGCAGUCUGAGAACCUGCAAUAG